AUGGCUCCCAAGAAAGGCGAUUCCGCCGGCGGAACGAGCGGCAAAGGCGGUAAAGCAGGGUCAGGCAAACCGGCCGCCGCGGACCGGAAAAAGUUUUCUGUCAGCAGCAUCGUCGUAGAGGAGAAAGGCAAAGGCGAACGGAAACCGUCCGUCACCUCUUCCAGCAGCGGCGGCGGCGGCGGGGGAAAGAAAUCGCGCGCCCCUCCGAGCAAGAAGCCGCAAAACGAUUACCUCGCGGGCGUCGAUCUCCCGCCGUCCGAUGACGAGGAGGAAGAAAUAAUGGACGGCGCAGAUGAUGGGGAGUACGUUGAGGACGACGAUGUUGGGGGAUCCAAGACGGGGAAAGGUCGCGGGCUUGUAUCGGGGAUGGGAAACUUGCAGAUGUCGGAUAAGCAAGCGAAGAAGAAGAAGGAAAAGGAGCUUAUGAUUGAGCAAGCCCAGGAGGAGGCGCGUAAAGAGGCUCUUAAAGCGGACGACGCUAACGCGUUUUCCGUCACUCUCGGUUCCCGAGUCGCGGAUGACCCUUCGGAAGAGGCGGACGGCGCGGCGGGAUCUGCGGCCGACGCGAACGUGCGCGAUAUUAAAGUGGAGAACUUUUCGGUCUCGGCGCGCGGGAAGGAACUAUUCAGAAACGCGUCGCUAACUAUCGUUCACGGAAGGCGGUACGGGCUAGUGGGUCCCAACGGCAAGGGUAAAUCGACGGUGAUGAAGCUGCUUGCGCGGCGGCAGCUGCCUGUGCCACGUGGCAUUGACGUGCUCUUAGUGGAGCAGGAGGUGGUCGGGGACGAAAGAUCCGCGUUAGAAGCUGUCGUGACUGCAGAUCAGAAGCUGGAGAUGCAGGCGCGAUCGACGAAAUCGUUCUCGGGGGGUUGGCGCAUGCGAAUCUCGCUCGCGCGCGCGCUUUACGUGCAGCCGACGCUGUUGCUGCUGGACGAGCCUACUAAUCACCUGGAUCUUAGGGCGGUCCUAUGGUUGGAGGAGUAUUUGAUGAGAUGGAAGAAGACUCUAAUAGUCGUGUCGCACGAUCGCGACUUUCUUAACUCUGUCUGCACGGAUAUUAUUCACCUGCACGACGAGAAACUGUUCUUCUACAAGGGUAACUUCGAGGGGUUUGAGGAGAUGUACGAGCAGAAGCGGCGGGAGAACAACAAGAAGUUUGAGGUGUAUGAGAAACAGCUUAAGGCGGCCAAGCGGUCCGGGAACAAGCAGAACCAAGACAAGGUGAAGGACCGGGCCAAGUUCAAUGCGCAAAAGGAGGCGCGGAAGGGCGGGAAAAAGAGCGCCAGCUCAGCAGGCGACGCGGACGACGACGCACCAACCGAAGCCCCCAAGAGAUGGCGAGACUACGCUGUUGAAUUCCAUUUCCCUGAACCCACCGAGCUCACACCGCCUCUGCUCCAACUCAAGGAGGUCUCCUUCUCGUAUCCCAACCGGCCGGAUUUCGCGCUUUCGGAGGUCGAUGUGGGGAUAGACAUGGGGACGCGGGUUGCGAUAGUUGGGCCGAACGGGGCGGGGAAGUCGACGCUGCUGAAUCUGCUCGCGGGGGAUUUGCAGCCGACGCAGGGGGAAUCUAGACAGAGCCAGAAGCUAAGGAUUGGGAGGUAUUCACAGCAUUUUGUGGACCUACUGGCGUUUGAUGAGACGCCUGUGGAGUAUUUGCUCCGGUUGUACCCGAACCAGGAGGGCCCGAGCCGGCAGGAGGCGGUUCGGAGCAGGCUCGGGAAGUUUGGGCUGCCGAGCCACAAUCAUCUGACGCCGAUCGUGAAGCUGAGCGGAGGGCAGAAGGCUCGGGUGGUGUUCACUGCGAUCAGCAUGGCUCGGCCGCACAUCCUGCUGCUGGAUGAACCGACAAACCAUCUUGACAUGCAGAGUAUUGACGCGCUCGCAGACGCAUUAGACGAGUUCACCGGAGGCGUGGUGCUGGUGUCUCACGACUCGCGGCUCAUCUCGCGCGUGUGUGACGACGAGGAGAGGGCUGAGAUCUGGGUCGUGGACAAUGGCACGACCAAGAAGUUUCCGGGCAGCUUCGAGGACUACAAGCAGCAGCUGAUUAAGGAGAUCAUUGCAGAGGUGGAGGAUUAG